CAUUCUUGCUCCAAAAAUCAUUUUCAUUGUAACACUAAAACUCAGUACUUUUUAUUUUAUUUUAUUUUUUUUCGUUCGAGUGUCUCAUCUUUGCCUCCACACAAUCUUUGCACUGGCUGCCUGUGAUUGGUUGGCGGAAGCUCAGCACGCUGUGUAGGCACGUGAAGGGACGGGCUGCAAACAAACAUCUGCGUCUCUGAAAUCAACCUUUCUCCCUACAAACUUCACCUAAAGAUACUGCAGCGAUGGCGGAGGCUCACCAGGCAGUGGCGUUCCAGUUCACCAUCACCCCUGAAGGCAUCGACCUGCAGCUGUCCUAUCAGGCUCUUAACCAGAUUUACCUGUCCGGAGUUCGCUCCUGGAAGAAACGAGUCAGCCGCAUGAGGAACCGAGUCAUCAAAGGUGUGUACCCCGCCAGCCCCUCCUCCUGGCUCUUCGUUGCCAUAGGAAUCCUGGCGACCAUGUACAUGCAGUCAGAUCCCAGCAUGGGGCUCAUCGCGAAAAUACAGCAGCACCUUCCACUGAGUCUCCACGUGUCCCUGAGUGCCCAGGGUCAAACCAUGGUGUCUGCGCUGGUCUUCAGCACCCUGCUGUGGCUCUCCCUCAUCCUGGCCCUGAGGUUCUGCCUGAAGCUGCUGCUCUCCUAUCACCAGUGGAUGUUCGAGCAGCACGGCAGAGUUUCCAACACCACUAAAGUCUGGGUGACUCUGCUGCGGCUGCUCUCUGGAAGGAAGCCUCUGCUGUACAGCUACCAGACCUCUCUGCCUCACCUUCCAGUCCCUGCAGUCAGAGACACGCUGACCAGAUACUUGGACUCAGUGCGCCCCCUGCUGACCGACCCGGAGUACAAGCGGAUGACAAACUUGGCUGAUGAGUUCGAGUCCAGCCUGGGCAACCGUCUCCAGCGCUACCUGAAACUCAAAGCUCUGUGGGCCACCAACUAUGUCAGUGACUGGUGGGAGGAAUACAUCUACCUGAGGGGUCGGGGCCCAAUAAUGGUCAACAGUAACUACUACGGCAUGGACUUUCUGUAUGUGACUCCAACCUCGGUGCAGGCGGCCCGAGCAGGCAACACCAUCACGGCUCUGCUGCUCUACCGCAGGAAGGUGAACAGGGAGGAGCUCACGCCGAGUCGCGUUCCAGGGACGGUCAUCCCUCUGUGUGCAGCUCAGUGUGAGAGGAUGUUCAACACCACCCGCACCCCUGGAGUGGAGACCGAUGUGCUGCAGCACUGGCAGGACAGUGAGUUUGUGGCCGUGUACAACAGAGGGCGCUAUUAUCGCCUGUGGGUGUACAGAGCGGGCCGGCUGCUGUCUGCCAGAGAAAUCGAACACCAGAUGCAGUGGAUCCUGGAUGACCCUUCCCCCCCGCUUCCUGGAGAGGAGAAACUGGGAGCGCUGACUGCUGGAGACAGGGUUCCUUGGGCUCAGAUCAGGAAGACGCACUUCAGCUCUGGGGUCAACAAAAGGUCUCUGGACAUCAUUGAGAAGGCCGCCUUCUUCGUCACUUUGGAUGAUGAAGCUCAAGGCAUGAAGGGUGACGACCCGACGGGAAACCUGGACCGCUACGCCAAGUCUCUGCUGCACGGAAAAUGCUACGACCGGUGGUUUGAUAAAUCUUUUUCCAUCGUGAUCUACAAGAACGGGAAGAGCGGCCUGAACGCUGAGCACUCGUGGGCCGACGCGCCGACCGUGGCUCACCUCUGGGAGUACACUCUGGCCACUGACGCCUUCCAGCUGGGCUACACGGAGGACGGACACUGCAAAGGAGAGGUGGAGCGCUCACUGCCCCCACCCCAGAGGCUGAGCUGGGAGAUUCCAUCUGAGGUCCAGGAUCAGGUUGUCAGCUCCUUGACUGUUGCCAGAGCUCUUGCAGAUGAUGUGGACUGCCAUGUGUUUCCCUUCAGAGACUUUGGAAAAGGAAGGAUCAAGAAACUCCGUGUCAGCCCCGACGCCUUCAUACAGAUCAGCCUGCAGUUGGCGUACUUCAGGGACCGUGGCAGCUUCUGCCUGACCUACGAAGCUUCCAUGACCCGGCUGUUCAGGGAGGGCCGCACAGAGACGGUCCGGUCCUGCUCCAACCAGAGCUGCGCCUUUGUCAAAGCUCUGGAGGCCGGAGAGGGACCGGAGCAGUGCAAACGUCUCUUCCGCCAGGCUUCUGAGAAGCACCAGAACCUGUACCGCAUGGCCAUGACCGGAGCUGGAAUAGACCGACACCUCUUCUGCCUGUACGUGGUCUCCAAGUACCUGGGCGUGGAUUCACCUUUCCUCAAAGAGGUUCUGUCAGAGCCGUGGCGCCUCUCCACCAGCCAGACUCCGGUGCAGCAGAUGGAGCUGUUCGACCUGAAGAACCACCCGGACUUCGUAUCGCUCGGUGGAGGGUUUGGACCUGUCGCUGACGACGGUUAUGGCGUUUCAUACAUCAUCGUCGGUGAAGAUAUGAUCAACUUCCAUGUGUCCUCUAAGCACUCCUGCGGUGAAACGGACUCGCACAGGUUUGGAGCUCAGAUCGCUAAAGCACUUCAAGAAAUCAUGGCGGUCCUGUCUGCCGACACCGCAUCCUGCUCCAAAGGGCCGGCUCAGCCGCAGUCCAAGAAACUCCUCUAAGAGAAACCAAACCAGAGCUCCAAACUAAGAGCCCCGCCGUGCAAACGUGACCACCGAUUAGUCGUUAACUAAGUUUUAGAGCAACCUUGUUUCCUCGCAUUGACCACAUUCACAUCCUCUUUUGGCUGGACUCUUCUUAACUGGAAGAAACUAAUGACCACAGUUUUACGGACUUCUUCGAGGAAUGAUAUGAUGCACACAUUCUUGAGAAGGGAAGCCUUAAACAGCGUUUCUUAAGAAGGGAGUCUUUGAGGAUCUGUGGAUCUCUGACACAAAGCAGAUGUUAGAAGAAACCACAUUUCCAUGAAGACGAGCUCCUCCUCUCAGUUCAUAGCCGAGUUUUCACAAUUGGGAAGAGGGAACAGAAAGGGUUUUCCAGUGGAUCUAUUGGAGAAGACCGUUGUCAUGGUUACGUCUCGCCAGAUUCAUCACCUGUGAUGUUCUUGCUGGAGGCGGUCUCCCUCUGUAUCUGCAGCGUAAAGCUCCUUUCCUGUCUGCUGUGUGCCGCUGGAGCAGGAGCCCUCCCACUCAACCGGAUGUUUGUGCGGAUAUUCCUGCUGGGCGCCGUCAUCGCUGGGCUUUCCACAGCUUUUAGGAACUUUUUGGAUUGUGUUAGCUUUUUUUUUUCGGCAUAAAAAUCACUGCAGUACAAAAGUAUCUAAUGAUGUAAAAGUGAACAGAGAACAGAAGAUUACAAAGGAUUAAACACGUUUACUAAGAAAUCAGGAGGGAAAAGGGCAACAUCAAUUUUACUUUUUUUUAUAAAAUAUAUUUGUUUUUAAGAUGUAUAUAGCAAAAAUGAAAGUGGAAAAUGUUUGGUUUAUCAUUUGCUGUUAAAUGAAAGCAGUAACUUGAGUCAUGUAGGUGUAUUGUUUUAUUUUUUGGAAGUUUUUAUUUUUCUUAAGACUUGUUGAGUUCACUCACAGUAAAACGGCAUAAAGACUUCAGGCUUCAAAGCGUCUGAAUCUCAGUUUUCAGAAUUAUGAACUGUGUUUAGUCUCCAUUGUUUGAUCUGCAUGAUGGAGGAGCAGGAACUGUUCUGUGUUUGAGAUUAAUCUCUAAGGACUAAUCAAAACAAGCGCAGAGCUUCUGUUUCCCCUUCAAGUCCUGAUGUGUGACAACCUGCUGCAGAGGUGAAGCUUCCAUCGUUUCGGACCGUUUCUGCCCAGCCAGCAGUGGGGCAUUCUCUGACCAGGUGUUGUCCUUGGUUUCUCUGUCCUUUUCCAUGUACGGGUGAAGCAGAACCUUAUGGAGCUAUUUUAGGGCCUUAAAUAUUU